AUGGAUUCAACGCACUGGAGCGCGCGGGCCUUGUUGACAUGCUCGAUGAUCCUGGGCGUGUUGUCCGUGGUGUUUGCCGCCUCGCAGCAGUCCGACAUUGGCAUGCUCAACAAACCGCUCGACAUCCGACUGUUCCUGUCCCGGGGCAAAGUCGAGCUCGAGAAGCGGCGGCGGUACCGCAAACCCUUCAUCCUUCUCCCACUCGAGAGUUCCGUCGCGGCACUGAAGCAGUUCGACCUGCCCAGAUUCGCGCUCAACAUGGCCGUGUUGCUGUACAUUGUCGGCCUGGGCGUCUACCUCCUCUACGCGUGGCUAUACCACGUCGAACCCGCGGGAGGGAGGGACGACUUUCGCAACAUCUUCAUCGCCUUCGCCGCCACCGUGGGCGUCGUCUAUCUCUACGUCUUGGGAGUCGGCGCGUUGGCGUACGCGGAUUCCCGCAAGCGCACCGAGGACUUUGAUCUCGAUCGCACCACCACCUUUGCCAAACCGGCGUCGCAGACCCAGUUGGAGGAGUGGUUGAGGGCGCUGCAGGACAUGCAGAGUAUGAACUCGGAGAGCGGCAAUGUCUAUAUCAGGUUGCAGGCGGCGGUUAAUGACUUGCAGGCCAAGUGGGAGGAGGAUAGGCAGGAAAGUCAAGGGAGGAAGAACGCUUUGCGGACGAUGGGGAGGAAGAGGAAGAGGCCUGCGAGUGCGGGACGGGAUGCGUGA